AUUAUAAGUUUAUAAUACAUUGUGUUUACGUUUUUUAAGUGAUCUGUCAAUCAUUUAAUGAAAAGCAAUGUCUUCAUCAUUAAAGAGACCGAAAACCAGUGAAACAAUUGAAGAUAUACUGAAACAACAGCAAGAGUUUCUCAAAGCAAAUAAAUUACAAAAGACUGAUGAAAAUGACACCCAUUUGUGUGAUAAUGAAGUGAUUGACGACAUAGACAACGACGAUAAGGAUGCGAUUGCAGACAAUCACGACAUCCCGACAAAGAUUGUCACAUCAAUUGUCGAAAGAAAUGUCGAUAAUUGGCAACAGUUUAUUACAAGUAGUAGUAGUAGUAGUAGUAGUAGUAGUGAUACGACCCGUACAGAUGUGUCAAUUGGUUUCCCGAAAGCACAGAUAAGAGAUAGAAAUUUAGUGCCGAAAAGCGGCAAAAGUUUGUUUGCACAGCAAAUGGCCAAACGGUUUGGCAGUAAUUCAAAAGACAAUAUCAAUGUUGAGUUAACAGACAAUAAGACAAUUGUUGGACACAUAAAAUCAACUAAAAGUGUGGUUACAGGCGUUGGUUUGGGUUCAGACAACUGGAAGAAUGAUAUCCAUAACAUUCGUCAAGAAAAUGAACUAAUGAUUAAUAAAUUGGACUCAAAAGAGAUUGAAGAAAUGCGAAGAGAUUUGAUUACAAAGUUAAGUGAAAAAUCAAUUAACUAUUUAACGAAUAAAUUUAAGAAAAAUGAAGAAAAACAAACUAUUGAUGAAACGGCAAAUGAUAUCGAGAUGAAUGAUACUAUUGAUGAAAAUGAUUUACCAAUUAAGCCGACAGAUGUAGAGGAAAAUAAAUGGCUUCACAUGGAUGUCAUCGAACCUAAGAAGAUGUCGUGGAUUGGAAAUAUCAAAGAAACCAAUUGUAUGAUUAAUGAUGCAAAACAAGUGAUAAGUUCUACAGAAAAGACAUUUAACGCCAGAUUUGAUUUCGAGGGAAACCUAAUUGACAAAAGUGUGUCCGAUAUUGAUGUCCAUUCGGGUCUAUUUCAUCACCAAUUGGAUGAAUCGAGUGCUGGAUAUACGAUACAAGAGUUAUAUACUUUAAUUCAGAGUACGUUUAGUUCACAAAAAGUGUUAGGUCUUCAAGUAUUAUCUAAAUUGUUAACCAAAGCCUAUAAUGGCUUAUAUGAUGAGUGUUUUGAUGAAAGUCUUAACAAACAAUUGAUGCAAAAUUCGGCACUUGUUUUGGUCACUCGUCUCUGUCUCGAUGACAACACUGGUAGUGUCUGGAGAGUAGCCAUCAGCGCAUUGCACGCUAUGUUAUGCAAUACACAAGUCGAUGAACUGUUCCUCGACAGAGGUUUUACGCUAUUCACGCAAUGUCUUAAACAUGACAAUAAUGUCGACAAUCUUAAGCCAUCGUAUGAUUCAACAAAAAUACAAGAGUUAAGUGAUGAAGAGCUGUUGAAAUUGGAUAUAAUUUACUGUUUAGUAAAGAGAACAUCUUUGCUUCAGAGGAUCAGAUAUUUGUUAGAGAUUAUGAAAACUCAAUUGGAUUUGAAAGCAAUCAAUGAUUUGUUGGAUAUAUUAAUACGAAUCGCUAGACAUUCAUCUGAAUUAAGACAUGAUAUGAUGAACUGUCCCUAUCUUUUUGAAAGUAUCCAACAUUUAAUGCCAGUAACAGUCAUGUCGUUGACGAAUACCACUGAUGAUAAACCAAAUGCAAAGGCCAUUAAAUUAAUACGUGUUUUGACCAGUGAUGACAAUCAUACAGUAAUUGUCAAUACAUUAGUGAAUACAUUUCCACAACUAAUUGAAUCGUUAAAAGUUUAUUUAACAUUAAAUCCCGAUAAUUGUCUGAACAGUCGUGAGAUUCUUGAGGUGUCCAUUGAAUCGCUUCGACUUUGGAUUACUUUGAUGUCACAAAAUUUAUGUGUAAAUGAUUUUUGGCAAAUGUUUCCAAUUAUUAUUAGACAACUUCAGUACUGUUCGACACUGGAUCUGAUUAGUCAUCAAAAUAACUUUGAUCUUCAAUACGCAUCAACACUUGUUUUUGCAAUUAAGACGUGUGUUCAUCAAAAUCGUGAAUUUAAAGCAUUUAAUGAAUUAAUUUUAAUGACAGCAAUGAAAUGGUUAACUCUUAUCAAAAAUACAGUUAUUGUUCCCAAUUUUGAUGCAAAUCUAUGUCUGUUAUCUGUCAUUGAAUACCUAUUGAUAUCCAAAUAUGAAAUACAAUUAUUGCAAACAAUUAUUUUACAAAUACUUGAAUCUAAAACUUUUCAAAACAAAUUAUUAAAUUUAUUGAUUGAUAAUUCAAAUUUGAUUAAACUAAAUGCACAGUCUUGCGGAAGAAAAAGAGAUUCAUCAAACCUACCAUCAUAUGGAUCAGUCUAUAAUCAAACUUUAGAUACAGUUCCCAUUUUGAACAAUGAAUCACCUAUUUUUCAAAACAAAAGUUUCACAAUUCUUGAGAUGACUGAUUGCCUAACGUUUGUGUCAUUAGUUAUUAAACGACAUAAUAAUUAUUACAAACAAAUGAUUUCUACCACUUCUGUCUUAUUUUGUUUUAUUUCAUCCGUAUUUUUGACAUCAGAAGAAAUGUUUUUUGAUGAAACGAUACAAAAGUUAAUGUUUGGUAUUUUGAAGAUAUUAUUAUCAGAUGGAAUCAAUUGUCAAAUCCAAGAUAGGGUUCCAUAUUAUGAAACCUGUGGUGAUUUUUUUGUUCGUUUUAUGGAUCAAUUUGAAUCAACAUCUUAUGGCAACAAAUUAUUUAUCAAUUAUUUGCUUGUAUUUUGUCAAACAAAAUGUAGUUCACUAUUCAGGACUAAACUAUUUACAGAAUAUUUAACAACUCUUAGAAUAAUAAAGAUUUCAUUCAAUGAGAUAUCGAUUCCGAUCGACAACUUUCUGACACCAAUUGAAUCCGAUUCGCAAACAUUGGAGUCCUAUAUGAAAGCACUACUUUGUGGUGCACUUCAACCCAAUGAUAGUCCAAUAUUAUACUUGAUUUGUAUUCAUCAUUUAAAUCAUAAUCUUUUUAGGCAAACAAUCACUGAUAAAAUAAUGAAAAAACCUGAAAAUAUGAUAUUUGAUCGACUAAUUAGAUCGAUUCAUAACUCGAAAAAUGUUUUAUUAAAAGAGCAUUUACUUAAAUAUUCACAUUUUGAUCCAAACAAACCAAAUGGUUUAGCAAUCCAUUUGUGA